GUGGACUCAGGGCUCCCAGUUGCUACCUUCACCCUCUGGAGGGACCUUCUCAGGCCAAGGGAACAGGCUGUGCCCUGCAGUCCACAGGAAGAGGUUAUUGGGGAGAAAGUGAGGGCUCACGGGAGGCCCAGCCCUGGAGUGGGCAGCUGGGAGAAGCAGUGAGCUCCCUAUUCCUAGAGGGAUGUGCCCUGAGGUUUCCACAGCCAGCUCCCUGAGGCCCGGAGCCACAGUGCCCAUCCUGUGUCCAUCUCUCUGUGUGUCUGCAGGCAUGCCAAUGCUCUCCGUCCAGCCCAAAGGGAAGCAGAAGGGCUGCGCAGGCUGUAACCGCAAGAUCAAGGACCGCUACCUGCUGAAGGCGCUGGACAAGUACUGGCACGAAGACUGCCUCAAGUGUGCCUGCUGCGACUGCCGCCUGGGCGAAGUGGGCUCCACCCUCUACACCAAGGCUAACCUCAUCCUGUGCCGACGUGACUACCUGAGGCUUUUUGGCACCACUGGAAACUGUGCUGCCUGCAGUAAGCUGAUUCCAGCCUUUGAGAUGGUGAUGCGGGCCCGGGACAACGUGUAUCACCUCGACUGCUUUGCCUGCCAACUCUGCAACCAGAGAUUUUGUGUGGGAGACAAAUUCUUCCUGAAGAACAACAUGAUCUUGUGUCAGAUGGACUAUGAGGAGGGCCAGCUCAAUGGCACCUUUGAAUCCCAGGUUCAGUAACACCUGGCACCUGGCCUCCAGGCCCAUCUGUCCGUCUGCCCAGCCGCCCGCCCACCCAGCCGGCCAGCCACUCUCCU